UGAUAGUGAUGUAUACACUAUUUUCGUAUUAGAUCGAGUGGAGAACGUCAUUAAGUAUUUUUAUGUUCAAUUUGACGACCUUGGACUAAACUGACCAAUUGAAAAUAAAGCUCAUUUAUAAUAUGAUAAACAGAUUUUAUUUCAUUCUGCGACAAAUCUCAAAGCAAGUGUGACAUUUUGUUCGACCGAUCGAGCUAUUCUACGUCUCAUAUAUUCUUACGUUUGUAUAAUAUAUUCGUAUUUACCAUCCUCUUAAAUAAAAGUCUUUCUCUCUCUCUCUCUCUCUCUCUCUCUCUCUCUCUCUCUUUCUCUCUCUUUCUCUCUCUUUCUCUCUCUCUCUCUCUCUCUGUCUGUCUGUCUGUCUCUCUCUCUCUCUCUUUCUGUCUAUAUAUAUGUACACAUAUAUAUUGUAGAUGUGUCUAUAGAUAUAAGUGGAAAAAUCGCUACGAAAGUCUCGUAAAUCGACCAUUGGUGUUCCAUUCUUAUUCUUCUUCCUACGUGAAAGUUAUACUACGUGCGUGUGCUUGUGAAUUUCUCUUCUUUAUUAUUCCUUUUUUCCUUUAAUAUUUUUUUUCUCACUUUAUAUACAUCCUACAUACUUUUUGAACACUUCACUGUGACAGAUUUAUAUUUAGCAAACUCUCAUUCGUAUAAUGAACGAAGUAACGAAUCAAGAUGAAAUACAUAUGACAACGCAUGAACUUAUUGCACAUCACGGUUAUAUACCUGAAACCCAUAAUAUUUGGACAGAGGAUGAUUAUUGUCUUACUGUACAUAGAAUUACAGCACCUGAUACGACUAAUGUAUAUUCAACAAAUACCUAUUUCACAUCGAAUGAAGAACAAGUUGUUAUUGACAGCUUAGAAAAAUCGACUGAAUCGAAUCUGAAAUCAAUCCGUCCAGAAUAUAGACAAUUAUCAAAACCACCUGUUAUAAUAAAUCAUGGAGCUCUUUCAAGUUCAGCAGAUUGGGUUUUACUUGGACCACAAAAAGCUCUUGGAUAUAUUGUGUGUGAAGCUGGAUAUGAUGUGUGGCUUGUAAAUGCACGUGGUAAUAAAUAUUCUAGAAAGCAUAAAAUUUAUACACCAAAGGAUAAGAAGUUCUGGGAUUUCAGUUGGCACGAGAUAGGUUAUUAUGAUAUACCAGCGAUAAUAGAUUAUGUUUUGGAAAAAACUGGCCAUUCAGAAGUGUCUUAUAUUGGAUACAGCCAAGGAACAACUACAUUUUUUGUAAUGGGAAGCGAACGACCAGAAUAUAAUGCCAAAGUUAAAGUAAUGAUCAGUUUAGCUCCAAUAGCUUUUAUAUCUAAUCAACGAAGUCCUUUAUUGAAAUGUGUAGUACAUUUCUAUAAUUUGAUAGAGUGGGGUUCUUCCUAUUGCAACAUAAAUCAGUGGUUCCCUCACAAUAAGCUACAAGCACGUGCUUUUGGUACAAUUCUUCGCAAUGCUCCUAGUGCAUUAACAAAUGGUGUUUGUAACUGUUGGUUUAAUUUAAUUGCCGGAUUCGGUAGUAAUCAGCUUGAUAAACAUAUGUUACCUCUUAUAUUUGGACACUUUCCAGCUGGUGCAUCAGCCAAACAGGUGGUUCAUUACAGUCAAACCAUUUUAUCAGGAUUAUUUAGAAACUUUGAUUAUGGGGUUACCCAAAAUUUAAAAAUAUAUGGUUCUACUCAACCACCAAAAUAUAAUUUAGAAAAAGUGAAGGUUCCAGUAGCUGUUUUUUAUGGAGAAAAUGAUUUUUUGACACAUUCUUUGGAUAUACAGAAAACUAUAAACAAAUUACCUAAUGUAAUAGAGACAAAGAAAAUAGAAUACAUAAAGUUUAAUCAUAUCGACUUUCUAUGGGGAAGAGAUGCUAAAACACUUGUAUAUAAUAAAGUCGUAGCAGUAUUAAAACGAUUUUAAAGAUA